GAAACGGUGAUAACAACACGUGUGGUGUUCGUGUGUGCGUCGCACAUCGAAAUGAUCCGUUUUCCUACGUGCUCGUGUUGCUGUGAGCGAAAAUGUCAAGUUAGAAUAGGGAUUGCGGUUUCCGAUUGUAGUGGAAUGUGGCGUCGUCUUACAAUGCGUGACAACGAACGUGUUCCGUCCACUGUGAUAGCGUUUCGGGAAAUUGUUCCGUGUGGACUGUGGAGUGCUUUCGACGGGAUUGGACGGGUGCCACUACGAGAAUGAACGGAAUGCCUGGCCGUCAAGGUGGGUAAUUCGUUCCUGAACAACUCAAUAUUCUCGUAAGUGUUGGUGAGGGAUUCCAGUGUGGCUUCCCUGGUGUGAAUGCGUGGUGUCUUAUGGGUACGACCUCCCUUUCUGAAUUCACUAAUUUCAAGACGCCGUCUGGGGUGGUAAGCACGUUCCCCGGAAUACAACGCAACAAAUUCAGUCUCGUGGGUCAAGAAAAGUGGGUAAUUUUGUCCCUGAACAGCUCAACAUUUUUCGUAAACGAGUUGUGGAGUCUACCACUUCAACCGGGGAUAAAUGAACUUUUCUGGCUUUGUUCUUCAACGCGCUCCUCGUUGACUUCGACGAACAGGAUGAGCGUGAGGUGGAGUACACGGUUUCUUCUCUUGCCCCUGGUGGUGGGCCUCUUAACAACGAGAACCUGCCUAGGUUGUCCUGAUCACUGCAAGUGCCUGGAAAACAAGCAGGUGCUGUGUCAGGAAUCCGGCUACGAACACAUUCCUAGCAAGAAGAUUCCUCGGGAAACUCGAGACCUCCUCCUCACGAGCAAUAAGAUCACCAGGGUCCCCACGGACUGCUUCAAGCACCUCAACCAACUUCAAAAGCUCAUCCUGGAUAACAACCAGAUCCACACCUUGGCCCCUUACGCGUUUCGUGGCCUCAAAAAUAUGCUGGAACUCAGCCUCCAAAACAAUCCUCUCACCGUACUUCCAACCUAUUCUUUAUCGUCCCUCUCCGAGAUUCAGUACCUCCACCUCGGAUACAAUCGAAUAACCACAAUCGAACCUCACGCGUUCGCGGGAAGCCACGGCAUUAGGCAGUUAUCUCUCGACGGCAACCCAAUAUCGACGUUAAGGCCUCGCGCCUUCAGCGAUUUUCGCAAUAUCGGCAUAGUGUCGAUGCCGUACGAUUUGGACGGCAUUCAGUCGGACGCCUUUCACGGCUUCAACAGCGUCAACGAACUGACGUUCGAAGGCAUGAAGAGUGACGUGUUGCCGCAGUUUGCGUUUCGCGGCAUGGAAAAAAUCGCCAAGGUUAUAUUUCGCGAUUCCAGCAUUCGCGUCAUCGAUUCCGGCGCAUUUACCGGUCUGAAAAACGUAAGCUUAAUCGCGAUAGAAAAUUCCGUUAUCGGUGCGAUACGAGCAGCAGCGUUCGCCGGCAUGAUGGCUGUCACCGAACUGCGAAUUCGCGGCAAUCGCAUCGCGAACCUCCAGCCCAGGGCCCUGGACGGCCUUUACACGGAUACAGACGCUGUCAGCCGCGUGGUUGUUACGGGAAACUGGGUACCGUGCGACUGUAGACUUCGUUGGCUCACGAGCAACCUUAUGGAAGAAUCCUAUUGCUCGGACCCUCCGGAGUACCUCAACUGGACGGUAGUUCGGGUACCAAUGGCGGAUAUACCUGAGUGUCAUCCCGAAGACUUCGAACCGAAGAAGGGACACUCAGAACAGCAGAAAGUCAACGGCGUCGACGGCACCAACACGGCGUCCAUAGUAGAUCCCGCAACAUGGUCAGUUUUAAGUGUUGUUGUCGUCACGAGCUUAUGGUCGUAGUGGUGAAGUGAAAGGGUGUUGGUGACGAUGAAAGUGAUGUAAGGGGCAGUGCGUUACUUACCAACUGUGCUACGUGACGUGAUGAUGACGACGUUUCCGUUUGCCGUGCUUUCUCCGUGACGUCACUAACGAGAACGACGUAACGGACGUGAUACCGUUCAGGGUUUCCACUGUGUUCCUUUUCACGACAUUGGUUUUUAUUCGGAUGCUGCAGUCUGCCCCCCUCUCCUGUUGAGGCACUACUUAUGUGUCCCGGCUGUGAAGCUCUCGUGGAACGGCAGUGUGGCGGUGUUGCGUUGUUCCAAUAAAGAAAUGUUGCCUACGUGCUGAUACGUACCACCCAAAUGACAUCAGUGCAACGACGCCGGUGGUGAGCAAGUCCGGGGGAAAAAUGAGGAAAAAAUAACGUGCCUAAGUGUGUGUGCUGGCGCAUGCCAGUAAAACGAGUGUUCUGUGCCUACGAAGUUUCAGCUACCUUUAUGCUUCUGGUGCGUGCAACGUACACAACUGGUGGCAGAAGACAGCGAAAUCAGCAUAGUGCAUUUGUCUGUCUCGUCGGUCUCAAGAGUCUACCUGUUUCUGGUUACACAACGUGAAUCACGGACGCGAGUGGAUCAUAUAUACUGGAACCCAACGCGGUUGGCAGGUUUGAAGUCAUUACACGCCCACGUUGGAUACCAGCUCUUGUGCGUACUCAAUAAAAUACGAUUAUCUUUCAAUGUUCAUGCAAAUAAAGUGAUGCGUCACGUGUUA